AUGGCACACAAAAACAAUGUCCCCGCGUAUGUGCUUGGUGUCGGCAUCACCAAGUUCAUCAAGCCGCGCCAGCAGCGAGCUUACCCCGAGAUGGGCUACGAGGCGGGCGUGAAAGCGAUGCUAGAUGCCCAAAUCAAUUACGACGAUGUGGAGACAGGAGUCGCGUGCUACUGCUAUGGUGAUACAACAAGUGGACAGAGGAUCUUCUACCAAUUCGGCAUGAGCACCAUCCCCAUCUAUAAUACCAACAACGCGUGUGCUACAGAGUCAACGGGCCUGCAUCUUGCACGCACACUGAUCAAGAAUGGCGCAAUUGACUGUGCUCUUGUGGUCGGAUUCGAGCAGAUGCAGCCCGGUUCAAUCAAGUCAACAUGGAGCGAUCGUCCAUCGCCCAUGGGACUGUCGAUGCGAAUGAUGGCGGACACCCGUGGGGUAGAUAAGACGCCGCCUAAUGCACAGUACUUUGCCAAUGCUGGAAAGGAGUACAUGGAAAAGUACGGCGCCGAGGCAAGUGAUUUCGCUGAGAUCGCGAGGAUAUCGCACGAGCACAGCCAGAAGAAUCCGUACGCCCAGUUCAGGGACGUAUACACCUUGGAACAGAUCGAGCAGUCUCCCAUGAUCCACUAUCCGCUCACCAAACUGCAGUGCAGUCCCACAAGCGAUGGCGCGGGUGCGGCAGUGAUUGUCAGCCAGAAGUUCCUAGAUGCUCGACCACACUUGAAAGGUCAGGCUAUCUUGAUGGCAGGCCAGAGUUUACUCACGGACUCUCCUCAGCUGUAUUCAACGUCGUCGAUGGAUCUUGUCGGAUAUGAUAUGACCAAGCGUGCCGCUCAGGCUGCAUUCAAGGAGGCUGGAGUCAGUCCCAAGGACGUGAAGGUCACUGAGUUGCACGACUGCUUUUCUGCAAACGAACUGAUUCUCCUCGAAGGCCUAGGAUUUAGCGAGCCUGGAAAAGCACACAUGAUGGUGCGCAACGGCGAUAUCACAUACGGCGGCAAAGGGCCCAUAGUAAACCCAUCCGGCGGUCUCAUCAGCAAAGGACACCCCCUUGGCGCAACGGGCCUUGCACAGUGCGCAGAGUUGACAUGGCAGCUUCGCGGAUGGGCGAACAAUCGACUGGCUGAUGCUCCGGAUGUUGCGCUGCAGCACAACUUGGGCCUGGGCGGAGCUGUAGUCAUCACAGUGUACAAGCGUGCCGAUGGGCAAAAGGCGGUCAAGAUGAGCGAUGAAAAAGUGAGGAAGGCGAGCCAGUUCGACUACAAUCCCGCUGUAGAGGCUCGGUAUGUCACGAAGGAGGACGGAGACAGAGUGAGGUCCAAAACAGUACGGAGCGAGUACGCUCUGGGUGACACACUGGAGAAGAUCCAGAGUCGAUUGUGA